ACAGGCUCCUGGGCCGGCCCACAGUAGACAGUGGCACAGAACACGGCGCCCCGCGCCGCCUCCUCGUCGCGCUUCUCCGUCGCCAUCAGGCCUCCCUCCUCCGCCGCCACCGCCGCCGGGGCACCGCGCUCCGCCUCAUCCGCGUCCACGCCUCCACGGGCCCAAUCCUCCCAUCCAGCCAGGACUGCACGCCUCGACACUCAACCCCCUCAUCCUCGAUGCUGCCUCUCCGGCAGGCAGGCCGCCGGCGCCGUGCCGCCCUCCUCGUCCCGCCGCCGUCAGCGGCGUCCGGGUCUCUCGAGCAGUGCCACCCACCGUGCUUCUCCGAGCGCGUCGCCGGAGCGCGCCGCCACGAAUCAGUCUUCUGGGCUGGCAUCAGGGCCCGGAUGCUUUCGACUUGCGCCGAGCAUCACGAUUUUACGGCGAGGGCUAGUAUGUCUGCGAGACUCAUGCAAGUGGACAUUGUGAAUGCUCUCCGUAAAGGUGAUCGACAGCGAGCAUCCAUUAUGCUCUCGAACCUUCAGCAAACCAAACAAGCGUUAACUUCGGAAGAUUUCUCGCAUAUACUGGAGUACUGUGCAGAGGCGCCUGAUCCUUUGUUUGUUAUGGACAUUUUGGAGAUCAUGGAGGAUAAGGCCAUAGAUAUUAGUAAAGGCAAUUACAGAUCUGUCACUCGCGCACUCACCAAAGGAGGGUAUUCCAAGGAGGCACUUAAAUUACUCACUCUUCUGGGAGAAAAAGAAAGCACUCAUGGUGUUUUGCCGAUUUUCAACAUCUUUUUAAGUGCCUGCAGAACAAAUCUAAAUGACGUUGGGAGCUGUCUAGAGAAAAUGGAAGGUCAUCUUGUUGGGAAGUCUGAAAUAACGUACUGUGAGCUUCUGAAGGUUGCAGUUUUGCAGGGAAAUUUGUCUGCAGUUCAUGAUCUAUGGAAGGACUGCACUAGGUAUUAUAGUCCAAGCAUUAUUGCUCUGAGGAAAUUCGUGAAGGCUUUCUCUACACUAGGUGACCUUCAAUCUGCAUAUCAUAUCUUGCAGCGUAUGGUUGUCCUUGCUGGAGAACACACUGACCAUCUGAUGGUGUCUUCUAAAAGGAGAUGCCAAUCAACAAGAUUAGACAUUCCUGUACCUGCUUUAAAUCUAGUAGAAGAUCUCAAACUUGUAUCGGACUAUGAUCUGCCAUCGCCAUUUCAAGGAAAGAUGGGAGCCGAAGGAUAUUUGGUUGAUGCUCAGCCGGAGCUAUUCCAGGUGGAAACUCAAUCAUCAAAACAUAAGCAAUUGAAGAGUUAUGUGUCAAUUAUUUCUGCUGGUGACAAUCUUGGUGACAAUUCUGGACUAGACAGUGGGAGGAUGACGAAGACAUUGAGAUUUGCACCAGUUGCAGUAAAGAAAAUCUUGCGAUGGUCUUUCAAUGAUAUUAUACAUAUGUGUGUGCAACUUGACAACUGCCAGUUGGCUGAGCAAUUAUUUCUAGAGAUGCACAAGAUUGGACUGCGACCGUCGAGAUUUACAUAUGAUGGUUUUAUUAAAUGUGUGCUAGCUGGGAAAGGAGUUGCACAUGCUCGCAAAGUGAUUGAAGUGAUGGAGAGAAGGGGUAUUAAACCUUAUGAUGGUACACUUGUUGCUCUCUCAGUUGGCCAUAGCAAAAGUUUACAGUUGGAUCUGGCUGAGGACUUCUUAGGAAGAAUUUCAGAUAUAAAAUCAGAGUAUAUUCAUGGUUUUAAUGCUUUUCUUUCUGGUUGCGACAUUAUGAAUGAACCAGAAAGAGCUCUCCGUGUACUAGCUAGAAUGAAACACUUGGAUUUGAAGCCAAAUAUCAGGACCUAUGAGAUUCUGUUUUCUCUUUUUGGCAAUGUCAAUGUUCCGUAUGAAGAAGGAAAUAUGCUAUCACAUGCUGAUAUGUCCAAAAGGAUCAGCAUAAUCGAGAUGGACAUGUUAAACCAUGAGAUCCAACAUAGUUUUGUGUCUAUGAAGAACUUGAUACGAGCCUUUGGAGCUGAGGGAAUGAUAGAAGAAAUGCUGCGGUACUUGAAUGUUGCUGAGAGUGUCUUAUCUAACAUGGAUCCUUAUCAGAAGAGUGAUCUCUACGGCAUUGUGUUGCAUGCCUUGGUUAAGGCCAAGGAAACACACAAAGCAAUAAGAACUUUCAAGAUCAUGAGAGCAUGUGGUCUUCCAGCUAAUACUGCAAUUUAUACUGUCAUGAUAGAGUGCUGCAAAUUGUUGCCGUGUUUCAAAUCAGCUAGCACCUUGUUGUCUUUGAUGCUCCGAGAUGGCUGCUGCCCUACAGUUGUGACUUACACAUCUCUCCUGAAGGUUCUAUUAGCAAAAGAUGAUUUUGAGGGGGCACUGGAUCUGUUGGACUUAUGCCUAACUGAAGGAAUUCAACCUGAUAUAGGGAUUUUCAACACAUUACUCUCAGAUGCGAAUGCAAGAGGUAAUAUUCACGUUAUUGAAUGUAUUCUUGAGUGUAUUCACAGAGCAAAGAUUCAGCCCAAUGAAUCAACGCUUUGGUACACAUUCUGUGCCUACGUGGAUCAAAAAUUGUACAGCACCGCAGUCGAGGCAUUACAGGUUCUCAGUAUGAGGAUGAUCUCUGAGGACGCAAGCGUUCUCAAGGAGAAAGGAGCAGCUCUAGAGGAUCUAAUCCUCAGCGAAGAGCCAGACGCUGAACUAAGUAUCAUUAAGGCGUUUGGAGCAACCGAGGAAUGUAGCGUGGCAGCCCUAUUGAACCUGAGGUGGUGUGCGACAAUUGGUUCCACCAUAUCUUGGUUGCCCGAGGACAGUCUAUGGGCGAGGAGGCUGGCAUCUUCUUAUGACGCUAACAGGAGACUGGACAUGCCAUGAAAUUUGUGCUUGAAGUAUUGGAUGUUUGAACCAACCGAGGGCAUAGUUCUGCUGAUGUGUUGCAUGGUUUUGACAUGCUCUCGUGGCGAAUACCUGGUGAUGUAAUUGUGAACAUCAUUCACCAGGCAUCAUUCGCUGAGCUGUUGUGUGGUUUUGACCUGCUCUUGAGGCUAAUAGCAGCUGUCAGGAGGAGCAUCAGGUCCACUAAUUUUGCAUGUGGAUGAGGUUGAUGGUGACGAAGUGAACCACAUGUAACUCACAUCCACUUAGUGUAUUGUUUGUUACAUCAAUUUUCUCACUAUUCACAGAACUUUGCUGUUCAAAAUGAAGAGUAGAUUUUUUCGGCAUGCAUAUGUAUUUACACAGUCACUGGAAUUGCAAGGCAUCAGAGAAUGGCAUGUGAAGUUUUGUAAGUCCAAUUUUGUUUGACGAUGCUAAAAGUUUGUAGAAGUACAUUUUAAAAAGAAGUUUGUACAAUUAUAUUGAAAGAAAAGAAUCAGAAAUCUUCUCCUCCUUGUUACUGCAAGAA